AUGGAGCUAGCUACCAAAGAGGCGAGGAGGAGCCCCCUCGGCUCCAGAGGGAAGCCCCCAACAAGCUCCCGAGCGGGAGCCGGGCGCGACCGCAGCACCUGGAUCCGCGCCGGCCGGUCGGCGGAGGAGACGCGGCGACUGGAACAGCCGGCGCUGUCAGACACGCUCGGAGCACAGCCGACCCGAUCCCUCAACGCGUUUGUCAGCCCCAACUCUUGCAAGACUCUUCUCUCCGCUCCGGAAAGGCCCGCGUUCCCCACGCCUCGACCCUCACCCCCGGUACCUGGGUGGCUGGCACAUGACUCUCCAUCCUGUCCCCGGGACCCGGCGGGAGCGAGGGCCAGGCGCCGCAUCCUCCCUCCCGGGCUCCCCCGGCCCCGGCCCCGGCCCCGGCCCCGACCCCGACCCCGACCCCGACCCCAACCCCGCUGCCCGCACGCGGCCGCACAAAGCGCGCCGCCCCGCCGCCGGGACAAAGCGGGCCCGGGCGCCGGCACCUACCUCGGUGCGGAACGCCGGCCGGGCAGGCGGGAGUGCGGCGGGCGGAGGCGCACCGCGCGGCGGCCCGCCCACCCGUCCGCCCACGGGCCCUCGCGGCUCCCGGCACCUCCCCACCGCUCUUGGCGAGCUCCGGCGGUUCGCGGCCUGAGGGAGGUGCGGCGCGAAGUGCGCAGGCGCGGCGGGCCGAUGGGCGGGGCGGGCGCGCGCGGGCGGGAAGAACGCCGAGCGACCGGGCGUGGGCGCCGGCGGAGGUCGACGUCCGGGCGGGCAGCCGGCAGUGGGCGUCGCUGCUGCUGGUGCUGCCGCUGCAGUAGUUGCUGCCGCUGCUGCUGCCUCCGCGUCAUGGAGUGCACGGCCGUGGCAGUCUGCGAGAUUUUGAAAUAUUUAAUAAUUCACUGGAAGUGUGAAACAGGAACAUCAAAGGGAGCAUUGCUAGAAGGACAGCUAGUGAUUUCCAUGGAAGCAUUAAAUUCUAAGCAUCAGGCAAAUACUCUUCAUUGUGUAACAACUAUUGCUUCUGCAGGAAGCAUUUAUGGUGGUUUGGUUCUCAAGAAGUUCCUAAAAGAAAUACAAUCUGUACUGCCCGGAUUCUCUGCAAAACUGAAUUGGACUUCAGAGGAAGCCAGCUGUUCUCAGGACAUAUCAGGGGUAACACCAUUCCAGAUGAUUUUUGAGGUUGAUGAAAAGCCCAGAACUUUGAUGACAGAUAGUUUGGUGAUAAAGAAUUUUUUACAUAAAAUUGUCAUGGUACACCCUAAGAUUAAAUUUAAUUUCACUGUAAAGGUGAAUGGAGUCCUUUCCAUGGAAGUCUUUGGGACAAAGAAUGAACCCACUUUGAACCUAUCGAAUGGAAUUGCUCUUGUUAUAAGUUGUCAGCAUUAUGUGAGGAGACCACGAUUUGGUACAGCUGAAUUACUCUGCGGCCGAAUCCGCCCUGUCCUCGGACCUCCAGUGGUGCUCUGCAUCCCCGGUGACAUGGCUGGCCCGGGCUUCUCCGGAUCGCUGACACUGACUCCAGCCGCUGCUCUGUGUCCCUGCCCAAAGGUCUUUUCCAACCAGCUGAAUAGGAUUUCUUCGGUUUCCAUAUUUCUAUAUGGACCUUCAGGUCUGCCCCUGAUAUUGCCAAGUCAGGAGCCACCAACUACUACUGUCUUCAAAGAUACCUCUUAUUUCAUUGACUGGAAGAAAUACCACUUGUGUAUGGUGCCCAAUUUGGGUCUCAGUUUGGAUAGAGAUUUGGUGCUUCCAGAUGUGAGUUAUCAGGUGGAAUCCAGUGAGGGAGAUCAGUCUCAAAAUAUGGACUUCCAGGGACAAACUCUGCUGCUUUUUCUCUUUGUGGAUUUUCACAGCGGAUUUCCAGUCCAGCAAACAGAACUGUGGAGAGUCCACACCUUGCUUACCACUCAUCUCAGUGCCAUCCUCACGGAGAGCCACAGCGUAGUGCAAGAUUCUGUCCAGGUUGCCGUGGACCAGGCCUUGGAACAGCAUCACCAGGCUACCAAGGAUCAUCAGAAAUUGCAGGUCUCACUCUCAGUGGCUGUGAAUUCCAUCAUGAGUAUCGUGACUGGAAGCACCAGCAGUAGCUUCCGAAAGAUCUGUCUCCGUGCCCUUCAAGCAGCUGACACUCAAGAGUUUGGGACCAAACUGCAUAAAUCAUUUCAUGAGAUCACCCGGCACCGACUUCUUCCCUACUGCUCAUGUGAGAUGAAACAGCAGCUGCUUCCAGAGAAAAAUGCAGAGCAGAGCACAGAGGAUGCACAUGAGAACAGCAGCCUGGAACUCCUUGCAGGGACCAGCGAGCAAGUUGAAAACAAGAGGCUCAAGAGGGGCUGCCUCCGGCAGGGCAUGGAGGAAACGCGGGCCUUCCACUCUGCCAGGACCCGGAGCCCGUCAGAGGCCGCCGCGUGCCGCACGAAGCCCACAGGGGCCUCCCUGACGCCUGGCGGGAGCAGGGGGAGCCCCGGGGACAGCCUGGAGGACUCGCUCUGGCAGCAGGAGGUCUCCAAUCUAUCCGAGUGGCUGAGUCCCGGCCCUGAGCCCUAAGCUGGGG